UAAAAAUGGCGGCAGCCUGGUUGCUCCAGGCUCUCUAUACCUCCAUACUGGGCAGUAGUGGUCUUCAGGGAGGACAAGGAGGACAAGGUGGAGGACAGGUAGGGAGGAAUGACGUGUACCUCAUGGCCAACACCAGCUACGGUACAGUCAGGGGAAAGGUAGACUUCACAUCUCAAGUACCUGUGGCCAAGUUCUACGGUAUUCCGUUUGCGAAACCACCAACAGGAUCGCUUCGCUUUAAAGCGCCUGUUACUCCAGACUCGUGGAAUGGAGUCAGAGAUGCACUUACCUUCGGGAACGAGUGUUUACAACAAGCAGUACCUGCAUUUACUUUUCACAACGGGGACAUGCCGCCUAGAAGUGAGAACUGUUUGUAUCUAAACGUCUACUCUCCAACACAAGGAAAUGCUACAGGUCUAAUGCCCGUCAUGGUGUGGAUACAUGGCGGAGGGUACACUAUAGGAUCAGGAUCCCAGUAUGAUGCCACGUCGCUAGCAACAAAAGGUGUCGUCAUGGUUACCAUCAACUAUAGACUUGAUCUUUUUGGGUUCUUGUCAACGGAGGACGAUGCUAUGCCUGGAAAUUACGGAAUGCUGGAUCAGAUUGCUGCUCUUAAAUGGGUAAAAGAUAACAUUGCUUCUUUUGGAGGGAACCCAAAAGCAGUAACCAUUUUUGGAGAAAGUGCUGGAUCGGGAAGUGUCUCUCUCCUGACGUUGUCACCUCUCGCCAAAGGUCUGUUCCACAGAGCGAUCAUGGAGAGCGGUGUUUCUCUUUCUCCAUGGGCCAUCCAUUACCCUGCAAAUCGAGUUACCGCUCGAAUGACAGCCAGAUUGAUCAGCGUGGCAGCUGAGUGCGACGACUUGGACAAUUCAACUUCACUUUUGUCCUGCUUGCAGCAAGUGGAUGCAGAAAUGUUGCUGAACGUUUCUAUUGCCGUGACCAAUGCUGUAGAUGCCGGUAUUAUAAUGGCUCCAAGAGUUGAGACAACCUUUGGCUUCUUGCCAGAGUCGCCAGUUACACUUCUCUCACGGGGACAGAUUAACCAUGUAGACACUUUGAGGGGAUUCAACAGUGAUGAGGUUGGUGGGUAUAUCCCUGCUUUUAUUCAAAAUCCCCCAAAACCAAUUACAGCGGAAGUGGCAAAACAAGUUAUAGCACUUCAACUGAAACAGUUUACCAAUCUACAUCUUCAAGAAGUUUUAAAUUUAAUCCAGUCAACUUACGUCACUAAUAAUUUAAACAGUGACUUACUGCAGAGAGAAGCUUUGGAUGCUGUGAACAGCUUUACAUUUGUGGCUCCAACUCUAGUAGAGCUAAACGACGUUGUGCGCACUGCCCCAGAAAAGAAACACUACAUGUAUGAGUUCAACCACAGACCAAGUUUCAGCAAAGCACCCCAGUGGAUGUCAGCUCUACAUGGCGAGGAGCUCUUGUUUGUGUUCGAUGUUCAAGCGAAAGUGUGGGCCGACAGUGGCUAUGGUCCACCGAACGCUAUGGACAUUCUGGUAUCUCAACAGAUGAUGGAACUGUGGACCAACUUUGCUCAGACAGGGAACCCAACGUCAACCGUGCCCAAAGGAGGAGUCAUGUGGAACCAGUACAGCCCAGGAACACCAUACUACCUUCGUAUUAAUUCUGCUACCGAGUCAAAACUAUGGUCUAAUCCUCGUGACGUUGAUUUUUAUCACAAACUUUUAGAGAAGAUGACUGGAAGCAAAAAGCCAGUUUUUCCAAUUAUUGGGUAAAAGUAAACGCGAUAAAGUUUCGCAUUAUGAAAAUUAAAUUAUUCCGUGUCUUUCUUUUUAAUAGGAUAAAUAACCCAGUGGGUAUUGGAAAGUGUAUAUCAAGCACAUAGUACGGAUGUUCCUAAGGCAUCCAAGACACUACAUUAUAGACACCAAUGUUUUAAAAAAAUUUCUGUAUCAUUUUAUUUUUGAAGUUAUAGGCAAGUUAUUUGUUCCAUUUUUUAAAAACGUUUGUUCAGUUGCGGAAUCACAGACCAGUACGCCAGGUCUUGGGUUUAUUUAUUUUUCGAACACGCUUAUCAUGUCCCUGAAUAUAUUAUGAGACUAGCGUACAUUACGAUGGGGAUCAAUAAAUUAUAGUAUUUACUCAAUUUCUCAGUCUGGUAUGGUGUGGCAUAGGUUUACGAUUGCUUAAGAAUUAUGAAGCUAUUUCAUGGCGGAGUCUCCGAUUCAAAGUCUGUCUGACAGAAGGAUCGAGCCAGGCUGUAGAUCAUCUAUGUGCACUACACAUACAACACCUGGUCAAGAACAAGAUAAUGGAUUUCCGACCAGGAUCGUCAGAAUGGCUCAAGUUAUAUUUUAGUGUGCCCGCUUCAUCUCAAAAGUUGGAAUUUUUGUGACAUAAUGAGUAACAGUAUCAUCAGCAUCUUCCGGGAACAUGUUCCUCUAUUCAACAUAAUAUCUUACACAUAUUAGAUACGUAAAAUUAGUUAUGUUUAAUCCAACCAGUGAAAAUGAAAUGUACUUUUCAGCCCCAUGAUGAUUAUUAUAAAAGAAUUAACAGU